UAAGUUUUAAGCGACGUAAAACAUGGCAGCCACCGGCGCAAAUAAUGAGAAAUAAACUUUAGCAUGUUAAGAAAGCAUUGACAUCUUCAUAUAAUCAACGAUAGCAGUUUUAUUUCGUUGAAAAAUAUAUUUAGUCGAAAUGGAAGGCCAAAACUUUCCGUACAGUAGCGGUAUGACGCCACAACAGAGUCCCAUUGUGUCACCUGGAACGUUGCAGGCAUUUGGUUUAGGACCAACACCGACACCUGUUAUGCCUCCAUCAAACAACAGUUUAUACCCUCCUGCCACACCUGGGGGUCCUAUGACACCGAUAUCUCCAGCCCCGGCAUCAGAGGGAUCUGGCAUCGUACCAACAUUACAGAAUAUUGUAUGUACAGUGAAUCUAGGUUGUAAAUUAGAUCUCAAGAAGAUAGCUCUGCAUGCUAGGAAUGCCGAGUAUAAUCCUAAACGUUUUGCUGCUGUAAUCAUGAGAAUCCGGGAACCAAGAACUACAGCUCUUAUAUUUAGUUCAGGCAAGAUGGUGUGUACAGGUGCUAAAAGUGAGGAUCAAGCUAAGCUGGCUGCAAGAAAAUAUGCUAGAAUUGUACAGAAACUUGGAUUCAUGGCAAAAUUUAAAGAUUUCAAGAUACAGAAUAUGGUUGGAAGUUGUGAUGUAAAGUUUCCUAUUAGGUUAGAAGGACUAGUACUCACCCAUGGAAAAUUCUCAAGUUACGAGCCAGAGUUGUUUCCAGGUCUGAUAUACAGAAUGAUGAAACCAAGGAUUGUUCUGCUGAUAUUUGUCUCAGGAAAAGUUGUGUUAACAGGUGCCAAAGUGAGGGAAGAAAUUUAUGAAGCAUUUGAAAACAUUUAUCCAAUAUUGAAAGGAUUUAAGAAACAAUAGCAGUGGCUGUCCUCAUGUGUACAUGUGUAUAUAAUUAUGUUUGUAAAUAAUCCGUUAAAUCAUGUGAAGUAGACAGUCAGGAAGACGAGGUUCACUAGUUGGAUGGAAGUUGCUCUAUUCAUGUAUUUACACUAUAAGUGGACAUUUUUAUACAUGCUCAUUAGAUUAUAUCAUUACAUUUGUGAUUCAAAGAACAUUGUCUUGUGUUCAGUUUAGUGAGAUGUGAGGAAGUUGUACACUAUUAGAGACUUCAACCAUGCAACUCUCACCAUGGAAACAUUCUUUCUGUGUACUUGGCAUGUUCAAGUAUUGAUAAGUGCAUCUAAAUGUAUCUGUGUGACAAAUAGAAGUUAUAAUUCUUCUUAAGGGUCAGUGCUUUAUAUUGAAACACAGUGUAAGGUUGAAACAUUAUUUAUGGAAGAUGUACUCAAAUUAUGUGUUAUAAUUGUUUGAGGUAAAAUGCAUAUGACAUUCUAUUUGUUGACAACACUUCAUAUUUUUGUGUUUCUAUUUUAAAAUAUAAGAAUAUUUGUUUGACUGAAAAAAAACCCACCUUUUUCCUUAUGUUU